UUCUGUGCUGGCACGGAAGGAAAAAUGGAUCUAGAAGCAGGAUUUCCAGCCCAGCUUUCCGAGGAGUGGGUCUGGCUCAGGCAGUGCAAACCCAUGGACCCCAAAGAGAAGGGCACUGGGGACCUCCCUCACUUCUGAGGUCACAGCAGUUGGGAGCCACGGCUGGGGGGGCAGGUAGCUAAGGCACUGCCAUGGCCGGUCUCCAAGCACCUAGUCCACUCGCCUGGGGGCCCCGGCUGUGUCCACUGCCCAGCAACAGUGAGUCACAAAGGCGGCGGCCAGAGGUCACAAAGGACAUAGGGCAGUGCGGGACGCCCAGCCCAGGGGAGGCCUCAGGUCAGCCGCGGGUGUGAGCGCUGGCGCACCCCCCCACCCCCCACCCCCGCCCAUGUGUGUCAUCUGCUUUGUGAAGGCCCUGGUGCACGUGUUCAAGAUCUACCUGACUGCCAACUACGCCUACAACUUCCGCAGCUGGCCCGUGGACUUCCGCUGGGAUGACGUGCGCGCCGCUGGCAGGGGCGGCAGUGGCCACCGCGCGCUCACGUGCGCAGCAGCUGCUGCGGGUGUCUGGCUACUUCGCGAUGCGGCACUGGGUGGGGACACAGCCGGGAGGCCGCUGCCGCGAGGAGCACGUAGCCAAACACAAUGCCUGCUGCAGCAGAUCCGCGAGCUGCCCAGCCAGCUGGCCAGCUAUGCACUGGCCCACUCGCUUGGCCGCUGGCUCGUGUACCCCGGCUCCAUGUCCCUGAUGACGCGUGCGCUGCUGCCGCUGCUGCAGCAGGGUCAGGAGCGCCUGGUGGAGCGCUACGGGGGCCGGCGCGCCAAGCUGGUGGCCUGCGACGGGAACGAGAUCGACACCAUGUUUAUGGACCGACGCCAGGACCCGGGCAGUGAGGGCCGUGGCCUGCGGCUCGUCAUCUGCUGCGAGGGCAACGCUGGCUUCUACGAGAUGGGCUGUCUGUCGGCGCCUCUGGAGGCCGGCUAUUCGGUGCUAGGCUGGAAUCACCCAGGCUUUGGCAGCAGCACCGGCGCACCCUUCCCGCAGCAGGACGCCAACGCCAUGGAUGUGGUGGUCAAGUACGCGCUGCACCGGCUGCACUUCCCUGCUGCCCACGUGGUGAUCUACGGCUGGUCCAUCGGCGGCUUCACAGCCACCUGGGCCACCAUGACCUACCCAGAGCUGGGCGCGCUGGUGCUGGAUGCCACCUUUGAUGACUUGGUGCCACUGGCGCUCAAGGUCAUGCCGCACAGCUGGAAGGGGCUGGUGGUGCGCACAGUGCGUGAGCACUUUAACCUCAACGUAGCCGAGCAGCUGUGUUGCUACCCAGGGCCGGUCCUGCUGCUGCGGCGCACACAGGAUGAAGUGGUGAGCACCUCGGGCCACCUGCCGCCCUUGCCGCCCGGCAACGUGGAGGGCAACCGCGGCAACGAGCUGCUGCUGCGACUGCUGCAGCACCGCUACCCGGCCGUGAUGGCGCGCGAGGGCCGAAUGAUCGUGACGCGCUGGCUGCGCGCCAGCAGCUUGGCGCAAGAGGCCGCCUUCUACUCACGCCACCGCGUGGACGACAACUGGUGCCGGGCACUGCUGCAGUCCUACUGCGCCCACUGCCUCCAGGAGCUGGGGGACGAGGAGUCCGGGACGCGGCACAGGCUCGCCUUCCCCUGGCUCGUGGGCCAGGGCCUGAGGCCGCGGCGCCGCCGGCAGCUGGCCCUGUUCCUGGCCCGCAGACACCUGAAAAACGUAGAGGCCACACACUGCAGCCCGUUGGAGCCCGCGGACUUCCAGCUGCCCUGGGAGCUGUAGGCCCGCGCAGGCCUGGGACUUGCAUGCGCCCUCGGCCGUCCAGCCCCCGGCUUGCGUCCUGCACUGGCAGGCCGCGGGAUGGCUCCCUCCUCUCUCUCCCGGACACUUUGGGAGUCCCAUGCCCAGCUCCUAAGGGGCCCGUAAAGAUGCCCCUCACGAGGUUGAUGCCGGUGCUGUGUGAUCACCAGGGAAGCAGGG